UAUAAGUGAUUUUAAUAACAUACUGUUUAUCUGUUUCACGUGAGAACUACGAUUCUCUAUCGUAUCGUGUAUUAUAUAUAAAUUUUCUGUUUCCUCGGAAAUGACGGACGAAUCGCAAGAUAAGAUAGAUGGUAGAACUGAGAACAGCAAGGGAAGAAAUCCGGUGAACUUCGACAGUAUUUGUAAGGAAAUUAUGCUACGAAAUAAGUUAUCUCGGCGCAACUGGUCCAGAAAGUAUGAACACCUGUCGGGUGAAUUUUUUAAGAAGGUGCUGGCCGAAGAAUGCAGAAAGGAGGGAUUUCCGGCGGACACUUUCCAACACAAACCACCGGAAGAUGCGAUUAAGCGUUCACCAAUUCUUCUAAAACCAUCGCCGUCCAUUCCCAGAACGGCAUCCGGUAUGGUAGGCUUACGGUCAUCUCGUCCAGAAUAUGAUCUUGAGUUUACAAGUCACUGGUAUAUAUCGCCGAAACGAACGAUCGAACCACCCAUAGAACCUGGUGAAUUUCGCGUCAUGCAGCAAAGAUUCAUUUUUCUCGGUUAA